AUGAUCGCGAGAUUCCUGGCUCUGGCCCUCUGCGCCGCUCCAUUCUUUGCGCAGGCCCUCCCUGCUGCCGUCAUCGAGGACCUAGAGCAAGUAAACAUUACCACCGCCGACAUUGAGAUUAUGCUCAACAAGCGAGCUGGGGAUGCUGCUUGUCCCGACGCUACCGGCCAGACCUCCAAGUGGGCAAAUCAGGGCAACGACGGCAAUGGUCACUACGCUGGUUCCUGCGGCAGUACCGACCAUGGCAAAGCCCACUGUUGGAGUGAUAUCUACCUGACCCAGGCUCAAACCCUGUGGCAGCCGUGGAGAGACUGCUCAGAAUAUGUCAAUUGCGCAAACUCCGAUAGCUGCCAGAUCUCUCAUCUCAAAUCGAUCCAGGCGUGUGCCACCUGGUCAACCUCGGUUGGAUUUGAGGCGGGUAUCACGAGCGAGAUACUCAACGUCGGUGCGAGCUAUACUUCCGAGCACGGGGGUUCUUCAUGUGCAACAACCACAGACACUUAUCAAAUCGGAUGGAAGGAUGACGCCUGUCACAAACUCGUCGCCAGCGCCCAGAUCGUCCGCCUUUCGGGGUACAUUCGUCGCACCUGCAAAAAGCCCCUGCACAACGAGCCUCAGCGCAGCGAUGGGGAUUACACUCGCGGUUGGACUGAUUGGCAGGCCGAUUUUCCAACCGGCAAGUGGGAAUACAGCGGCAAGUACCACUGCGAUGUUGACGCAAGUCAGAAGACGAACGAGCUCCCUCCGGCGGGCAAGAUCUACCCGGUGAAGGCUUGA